AUGACAACGAAUUUAGCAUCAGCAAUCUCAACUGGUCUAUCAAUAACUGACAAUGAUCUUAAUGAUUUAAUCAAAAUACAAGGUGAUCUUGUGAGAAAACUAAAAGCUGAUAAAGCUUCAUCUGAACAGAUCACUGAAGCUGUCAAUAAAUUAAUAAGUUUAAAAAAGGAACUGGCUAAUCAUCAAGCAACCAAUGGUGAAGAACCAUCGACUGGUGGUGAAAAACUUCUUAAAACUCCUCGAGGUACACGAGAUUACCAUCCAAGUCAGAUGAAAAUUCGCGAGGAAGUAUUUCGAAUAAUUACUGAUUGUUUUAAACAACAUGGUGCCGAAACAAUCGAUACACCAGUUAUGGAGCUUACAUCACUUCUUACAGAAAAAUAUGGUGAAGAUUCAAAACUUAUUUAUGAAUUAAAAGAUCAAGGCGGUGCAGAACAAUUAGCUUUACGUUAUGAUUUAACUGUACCAUUUGCACGUUAUAUAGCAGAAAAUCGAAUUGCAACUAUGAAACGAUAUCAUAUAGGAAAAGUUUAUCGACGUGACAAUCCAAAAAUGACACGUGGUCGUUAUAGAGAAUUUUAUCAAUGUGAUUUUGAUAUAGCCGGUGAUUUUGACCUAAUGGUAGCUGAUGCAGAAUGUAUCAAAAUUGUUGUGGAAAUUCUUGAUAAACUUGAUUUAGGACAAUAUAAAGUCUAUGUUAAUCACCGCAAAUUACUCGAUGCUAUCUUUGCUGUAUGUGGUGUUCCAGAUUCACACUUUCGUCCAAUAAGUUCAUCUGUUGAUAAACUUGAUAAAACACCAUGGAGUGUUGUUCGCAAUGAAAUGAUUCAUGAAAAAGGUUUAUCACCAGAGGUAGCCGAUAAAAUUUGGAGUUAUGUUCAAAUGCAUGGUAAUGCUGAUUUAAUCGAUAAACUUCGAACUGAUGCUCAAUUAAUGGCAAUAAAAUAUGCUAGUGAAGCAUUAAAAGGUCUUGAAUUACUUUUUCGUUAUUUAACAUUAUAUGGAGUUAUGGAUAAAAUAACAUUCGAUUUAAAAUUAGCUCGUGGUUUAGAUUAUUAUACUGGUGUUAUUUUUGAAGCUGUUCUUACUAAAUAUCAAUAUGAUCCACAAUUAGGUGAUGAUCAAGUUGCUGUUGGAAGUGUAGCUGGUGGUGGACGAUAUGAUGAACUUGUUCACAAAAUUGAUCCAAGACAACGACGUGUACCAUGUAUUGGUGCAAGUAUUGGUGUUGAAAGAAUAUUUGCAAUUAAAGAACAUCAAAUGCAUGAAUCAAAAAUUCAAACAAAAACAAUUGAAACUGAAGUUUAUGUUGCAUCAGCUCAAAAGAAUUUAAUUGAAGAACGUAUGAAAUUAUGUAGUUAUUUAUGGGCAAAUGGUUUUAAGGCAGAAAUGGCAUUGAAACGUAAUCCAAAAAUGCUUGAUCAAUUACAAUAUUGUGAGAAAAAUCAAGUUGAACUAUGUGUAAUUAUUGGUAGUUCAGAAUUAGAAGCUGGAAUAGUAAAAAUUCGUGAUGUUGAAACAAGAGAAGAAUUUGAAAUUCCACGUGCUCAAUUAGCUGAACAAUUACGAGCUUAUCUUACAAAAGUUCGACAACGAACACAAGAAACAUCUUCGAAAACAAACAGCAAUUAA